UUAUUAAUAAUUAAAGAAAUGACAAUUGUUAUUGAUAAGAAGAAGAUUGGAAAUAAAAGUCAAAAGUAUAUAUAAAAACAUUUUUGUUUUGAAUAGCUUAAAAAAGAAAUAACGUAGUCUUAUUUGUUUGUUGACUUAUCAAAACGUAGUUGACAUUGCGUGUUAACAGUCAUUGUAUGGCGCCCGUUCGAUCAAGUGCGACAUUAAAAGAAAACAAUAACAAAUUUUCUAACACUUUUUAUUUAAACACCCUCCCUGUAAUUAAGCGCGAGUGUGUGUGUAUGUGUGUGUGUGAGUUGUAUGUUUUCAAAUUAAAUUUUGUUACAAAUACAAUUAAAACUAAUUUUUUGUAAUAUUUGUUUGGUAAAAAAAAAUUUAUAAAAAAUAUUUUGGCGCUUUGUUUAGAAAUUUAAAAAAGUUUUUGCGGUUUUUUUUUUCUUCACUUAAUACUGAGACAGUAAUUCCUUAGUGUUUGUGCUAAUGACAAUUUUAUAGUUUUUUUUUUGUUGGUCCUGUGUUGUUCUUCUUCUAAAAAUUCACCCUGGCGGCUUAUAGUUUUUUAAUGUUUGAGAACGUGUUUACUUUAGUGUCACCUGUAUUUGAUAAAUACUUUUAAAUAACCAGAAGAACAUCAAGUAUAAAUGUAUAAAGAAAAAGAAUUCAUAACAGCAGCUGUCACAAUUCUGACAAUUAGCCAUAAGCCAUGAUCAUUUAACUAAAAAUAGCAAGAAAAUUUAUUUUUUAAAAUAAAUAAAAAAAAAACAAACUAAAUAUCAUAUUUAACUACCUGCCGCACAACACAAAUUGGAAUUCUUAUGGUUUUGCAAAAAUACAAAUAAAAAAAACACAAAUAAAUUUGCCCCGUUCUAAUCAUCAUCCUAACUAAUUGGUUACACCUACUACUAACUUUGCUGCUGCAACUAACUACUACUACAAUAGCUGUUACCUAUAACUAGUUUAGUUUAUGACUUGUUAAGUAAGUUUUAUGAUUGUUUUGGUUUGCUUUUAAGGCUUAAAACAACAAUCAGCUAUUAGACAAACCUUAAAGGGUUUACGGCCACCACAGUCCACGUCAACUAAUGAAGUCGCGUCAAUAGUUAUGCAAACAAUCAAACAUUUUAUCAACCUUAUCGGUGUGUGUUAAAAUAAAAAAAAUACUGUAACAAAUCCUUUAAUUACAUUAAAUCGUUAAAAUCCAUUACAAACCAAAAGAAAAAAAUGUGUUAAAAAUAAAUAAUGCAACAGCUAACAAUUUGCAAUUCUUCAACACCUUUUAAAAUAAAAUAUUUUUCAUUUUUAAUUUAAUUUAAAUUGUUUUAAACAAAACUCGUUAUUAAUUGCUCUACAAACGAAAAAACACAAAAAUAAUUGAAAUAAUUAAAAAGUAAAAAAAGAAUUAAAGUGUUUAAGUGCAUAAGUGUGUGUGUGUUUUAAAAAAAAAUCGUCAUGGAUUUUCAAAGUGCUAUGGAGACAUUUGCCGAAGCUUGGGUUGCCGCCAAUGCCGGACAACAGAGUCAAGCUUUAGCUUUAACACGUGUAGCCAAUGCAGCAGCAGCGGCUGCCGCAGCAAAUGCUAAAUCACCAACAGCCGAUAAUAAUAUGCACCAAGAAGUGGUGGUUAAAAGAGAACAUUCUCUAACACCACCACCGCCAUCAGCAUUACCCCCACUACCACCGCCUUCUACGCCUAGCAAUAAUGCCACCUCAUCCUCCUUACGCCAUUCACCCACUAGUAGCAAUACAAAUGCACAAAAUUCAACAAAUACCAAUACAAAUACAAUGGAUGAUAGCCACCAAAAUAAUACGUCAUUGCAGCACAGUCGUAGACCCUCAUUACAGGGUGUACAAGAUAAAUUGGCACAAUUGCAACAAUUACAGCAACAGCAUCAACAACAUCAUCAUCAACAGCAACAGCAUCAGCAAACAAAUGAUGAACAACUACAACGUAGCCCAAGAUUUUCAUCAAGUAAUUUAUCAGCAAAUCUGAAUACCACACCAUCGCCCCGGCAUGAUUUGGUACAUACGCCCAACCACAAUUUAACAGCCAAUGCCAAUCCAACAACGUCUAGUCAGAAUAGCUCAACACCAAAGUUAACAACUGAUAGAGAUGACCACCAUCAUACACUUCCUCAUCAGUUGCAACAACAACAACAACAUCAGCAGCAGCAGCAGCACCAGCAAAGGUCUACCGAAACUCAUACACCACGAGUAAUGGGUAGUAUAACUUGUUUACCUCCAUCGGCUUUAAAUGCUGUAGCAGCAGCUGCUGCAGCUCAACAGCAACAACAGCAGCAACAACAACUUCAGUCCACAGAUAAAUUACUUGCCUCACCAGCUUCCUCGGCAAUGGAGCAACGUAAAGAUUUUGAUGUUACAAAAGUUAAUUCAAAAUCUUUGCCAUUACACUGUGUAGUGGAGUCGGUACACUCUCUGCAGGCCUCACUAACCAUAGAUCAACGUAGUCCCUGGAAACGAAGACCAAAUGUUGAAACGGAUAGUUAUGUUAUAAUAGCAGCAGCUACACCCUGGUCCGAAAUAGUACAAACAGCUUUACAAAGAUUGGGUUAUUCACAGGAAACUUCAUCGACAGCCAGAGGUUCUUUAAUCAUUAAAAAUUGGAAACCCAUACCUUUAGAGAAUAUAUCCGAUAAUCCAGUUGUUCCUGUAUGUGAUAUUAUUGGAGAACUAACAUCUGUUGUUACAUUACGUAUCGUUAUACUACGCUGUAAACCCUCACCGUUUGGUGAAAUAAAAGAUAAACUUUUAAAAUUGCUCGUAUUGCAAUCACAUGCUGUACUAAGAUCCACCGGUUGCCCUUUAGAUGAGGUAACACUUUCACAAAUCUGUCGUAGUUCAUAUCAAAAUCCUUUCGCUUUUCCCGGCGGUGAUAUACCCGAAGAAUUACGUCGUAAAUUCGAUCAAUGGUGGUCCAAUCAACUAACACCCCAAUCCAAUAUGGGACCCAAACUCUUGCCCUUUAUGAAUGCUCCACCCACGGGUGUAAGCAAUGACAUGGAACAUAAUAUGGGUACAGCAGCUUUGGCAGCAGCUGCAGCAGCGGCGGCUGCUGCACAAGCAGGUCUACAUGCUGCCACCUCGGUAAGCUCAAAUGUGGCCAGUAGUAUUAGUGCCAGUCGUGAAUCGUUAUUGUUAAAUGACUCUAGCAGUCAUCAUGCUGGAGCAGUUUUGCCCGGAGCAGCCAGUACACAUCAUGCCAAUAUGAUGGUACAUCCAGCCAUGCAUGCUAGCAUGCAUCAUCAUGCCAAUUUGGCAGCACAUUCACAGUUUUCAAAUCAAAAGACACGUAUGCGCACAAGUUUUGAUCCCGAAAUGGAAUUGCCACGUUUACAGAAAUGGUUUCAGGAAAAUCCUCACCCCUCUAGACAACAAAUACAAGCCUAUGUGGUGCAGUUAAAUGCUUUGGAAUCGAGACGUGGUAGAAAACCCUUAGAUGUUAAUAAUGUUGUAUACUGGUUUAAAAAUGCUCGGGCAGCUCAGAAAAGAGCCGAAAUGCGUGGAGGUUUUGGUGCCAUGCAUGUAGCCAUGAAUGGUUAUUUGGGUCAACACAGUCAAUUGGGCCAGACUUCGGGUGGCAGUAGUACCGGCAGCAUGAGUAGUCAACAACAAAUGAUGGGUUCCAGUAUGGGUAAUCUAUCGCUAUCUAAUGAUUUCAUGAAGAGUCCCUUAAGCCUAAAAUCAGAAGAUAUUGAUAAUAUGUCGCAGCAUUCAGAUGAUAUGGAUGAAGACACCUCUAGACCCAACUCGCCACAAUUACCUUUAUCCUUAACCAUACACGAAAGACAUCAAACUACACCCGAUAUGGAGGCAAAAGACAACAAUAAUGAAUUACUAAACAAAAGCUCUCUAAUAGAUGACAAUAGUUCAGAUGAAAAAUCGGGUGUUCUAAAUGAGUCACAGAAUGAACGUGCUCUAUCGCGUAGUUUUGAGGAUAGAGAUAAAUUUACCAACGAUAAAAAUAAAAGCAAUGAUGAUCUGGACAACACCGAAAAUGCUACAAACGAGGAGGGUGCCCAACAGUCGCAGCAAGAAAAUGAAACUAAUAAUAAUUCUUCCAAUUCGCUUAAUAACAAUCAAUCGGCCAAUGAUUUAACUCAAAGCCAAUCGCGUCCUUCUUCACCCAAAAAUCCUUCUUCCAAAGAAGACGAUGAAGAUCUCGAUAUGGAUGACGAUGAUGAUGAGAAUGAUACCAGUCAUUUGGAAGAUUUCCGUUCACCCUCACCAGACAUGAAUAAUGCCAUGGUCGCUGCUCAACGUAAAGAUUUACCCUUUCCCAUGGUGCCAAAUAGUAUGUUUCAGCAAUCGUUUAUGUAUAUGAGUCAUUAUAUGCCUGGUUUUGGUCAGGCUGCUGCCGCUGCUGCUCAUCCUCAUGCUGCUGCGGCUGCUCAUCAUGCUGCCGCGGCAGCUGCUGCUGCUGGUAUGCAACCGAAUCCCUUGAUGGGUGGUGGCGGUUUAAAUUUAUCGAGUAUUUCCAAUGAGGAGAGACGUAAAAGAAAUCGUACAUUCAUCGAUCCCGUUACAGAGGUGCCAAAGUUAGAGCAAUGGUUUGCCAUGAAUACACAUCCAUCGCAUAGUUUGAUUCUGAAAUAUACCGAAGAUUUGAACACGAUGCCCUAUAGACAAAAGUUUCCCCGUUUGGAAAGUAAAAACGUACAAUUCUGGUUUAAAAAUCGUCGGGCCAAAUGCAAACGCCUUAAAAUGUCACUCUACGAUACCAAUCAAUGUUCCCAACUAACAGGACUCAAUAAUUUUGUACAUAAAUACGAUGAACGUGAUUAAAUUCUCAACACAUUUUGGAAAAAAAGAAAGGCAAUAAUGUUUAUAAAAUUCAUAAAUUUAGUUUUAUUAAAAAAUUCUAACAAAAUCAUAUCAACAAAAAAACAAUAUUAUUAUC